AAAAAUCAACCUUCAGCACUUCAGUUUAUUGGGUCUGACAGCUCAGCUUGUCAAUGGCACAAGUUGCCUUUCUUCCUCGGAUAAUUGUCUCUGCAGACACAAGCAAAGCUCCAUUGAAGCCACUGAGAAGAACCCAGAGGUCUAGAACUUCCAUUUCUACUAAUAAAAGAGUUCCUCGCAGUCCUUUACAAAGAACCAAGUUGAAUGUGGAGGUUUCUCCUCACAGAGCUGUGUCAGCUGUGAGGUUGAUGAGAAUAGAGCUAGGUGGUGCAUUUGCUGACCUCUUGAAUGAGAAAGGGAAAGGCUCUGGUGAUAAUGAGAUGGGAUAUGUUGAGAGAACUCUUGGAUUUUGCACUAAAGAAUUAGAUUAUCGAGAUCUUAGAUUGGUCACUGAUGUUGUUGGGGGUACAAUUCGUUGGAGGAGAUAUCUUGAUCAUUUGAUUUGUUCACUAUGCCAUGAAGAGAGCACAUUUAGACACAUGGAACCUCUACUUUUGCAGAUUCUAAGAAUUGGUGUCUAUGAGAUUGUCAAGCUAGAUAUGCCACCAUAUGCUGUUGUAGAUGAGAACGUGAGACUUGCGAAGGUUGCUCUAAGACCUGGUGCUGGUAAUAUGGUCAAUGGGAUUCUGCGGAAGCUAGUGGUACUUAAGGAAAAAAAUUCUCUUCCUCUACCAAUAUUGGAAGGUGAUGAUCGUGCCCAAGCACGUGCUCUGGCCACACUUCAUUCUCAUCCUGUUUGGAUGGUAAGGCGAUGGACAAAGUACCGUGGACAAGAGGAAGCAAUUAAAUUGAUGGUGUGGAACAACAGCGAUCCCGGUUUUAGCUUGAGAGCAAACGUUGGAAGAGGUGUUACAAGAGCUGACCUUGUGAAGCAGCUUAAUUUGUUGAAGGUGUCACAUGAGCUCUCAUUGUAUUUGGAUGAUUUUAUCCGCAUGAAAACUGGAUUGCAGACUGUUAUACAAGCGGGAUUACUGAAACAAGGUUUAUGUGCAGUCCAAGAUGAGAGUGCAGGUUUGGUAGUUUCUAUUGUGGAUGCUCAACCGGGUGAGAGCAUUGUUGACUGCUGUGCUGCUCCUGGAGGAAAAACAGUUUAUAUGGCAUCCCGUAUGAGUGGCCAAGGCAUGGUAUAUGCAAUUGACAUUAACAAAGGACGGUUGAGAAUCCUUAGAGAGACAGCCAAGUUGCACCAAGUUAGUAGUGUCAUCACAACCAUCCACAGUGAUUUUCGUAUCUUUGCAGACAGUGAGUUGGCAAAGUAUGACAAAGUUCUAUUGGAUGCUCCGUGUUCUGGACUUGGUGUCCUCUCCAAGAGGGCAGACUUGCGUUGGAAUAAGAGCUUGGAAGAUUUGGAAGAACUUAAAAAUUUGCAGGAUGAGCUCCUUGAUGCAGCUUCCUUACUCGUAAAGCCGGGUGGAGUUUUGAUUUACAGUACCUGCUCCAUAGACCCUGAAGAGAAUGAAGAAAGGGUGGACGCAUUUCUUCUCAGGCAUCCGGAAUUCAGUGUUGACCCUGUUGAUAGAUUUGUUCCACCUGAUUUUGUAUCAGAACGCAGUUUCUAUUAUUCCGAUCCAGUAAAACAUUCACUAGAUGGUGCCUUUGCUGCACGUCUAGUUCGAGCCUUGUAAAGAAACGCCAUCAAACCUCAUGUUGGGAACCCAAAUUUUGUCCGAAGUAUACACUGCAUGUUUCUGCAUACCAGUUCUGGAAACAUAACCAAAAGAAGAUGGUGGUUCAGCCCCGACUAACUAGCUUCCAUUGACACCCGCGUGUCAGCUGAUGACAUCGGACAACAACAAGACAAGUGACAACUACUUGAGGAGGCUAUUAACAAUGCAUUCUGAUUGAUUUUGACAGAGAAGAAUUACAGGCAUUUCCCUCCAUUCAUGAUCUGCAAAAUGUUCAUUGUUCAUAUCUGUUAAUUACAUUUUGCCUUAGUGGUCACUUUGAGGUUUUGGCAGUAGAAUGAUUAACAUUAUCUAAUCUGGAAUGAAUCAUGGAACAAGAUAUGUGUACCAUCCUGUUAAUUUUUAGCGUUAUGCACUUAUCAUAAAUAAUUAUAUAAUAUGCUUAGAUUUAUUGGAUUUGUUGCUCAAA